UUUUCCGCAAAAGUCCUGAGUUGAGUCCUCAUUUCUGUCCAACAAAAAAGUAACGGAAUUUAUAAAAGAGAAAACAAAAUUUUCAGGUUAAAAAACACAGCUGUUUUCCCUUCCCGCUCCUUAAUGUUCUUCUUUCUGUCUUCACAUUUGCUAGUUGAAGAAUAAAGUUGCAAACAGGGAAUUAAAGAGAAGGGAUAAGGUGGGUGGGGAUAAAAAUCCCUUCUUUUUUCUUUUUUAUCUUGUAAAGGUACAAUCUUGAGACUUGGAGCUGAGUUCUUGAUUCUAAAGAAAAUGGUUUCAAGGCUAGUAAGGUUGAAUGUGUUGUUGAUGCUGUUAGCAUUAUUGGGUUCAUGGGUUUUUUCUGGAAUGUGUUCUGUGUCAUAUGACCGUAAUGCUAUUAUUGUGAAUGGUCAAAGGAGAAUUCUUGUUUCUGGAUCUAUUCACUACCCAAGAAGCACUCCUGAGAUGUGGCCGGAUCUUAUUCAGAAGGCCAAAGAAGGAGGGGUGGAUGUGAUUCAGACCUAUGUUUUCUGGAAUGGGCAUGAGCCUGAACAAGGCAAAUAUUACUUUGAAGAGAGGUAUGAUCUAGUGAAGUUCAUUAAGAUAGUGCAUCAAGCAGGUCUUUAUGUGCAUCUCAGGGUUGGACCUUAUGCUUGUGCUGAAUGGAAUUUUGGGGGUUUUCCUGUUUGGUUGAAGUAUGUUCCAGGCAUCAGUUUCAGAACAGAUAAUGAACCUUUCAAGUCUGCAAUGCAAAAGUUCACUACCAAGAUUGUUAAUAUGAUGAAAGCGGAACGGCUGUACGAAUCACAGGGUGGCCCUAUAAUACUAUCCCAGAUUGAGAAUGAAUAUGGGCCAAUUGAGAAGAGACUGGGUGAACCAGGUAAAUCUUACUCAGACUGGGCAGCAAAAAUGGCUUUGGAUCUUGGUACUGGUGUACCUUGGGUCAUGUGCAAGCAAGAUGAUGCUCCAGAUCCUGUUAUCAACACUUGCAAUGGUUUCUACUGUGACUACUUCUCACCAAAUAAGGCUUAUAAACCCAAGAUAUGGACUGAAGCUUGGACUGCCUGGUUCACUGAAUUUGGAGGUCCAAUUCCUUAUCGUCCUGUUGAGGACUUGGCAUUUGGGGUUGCUAAAUUCAUACAGAACGGGGGAUCAUUCAUCAAUUACUACAUGUAUCAUGGAGGAACAAACUUUGGUAGGACUGCUGGUGGCCCAUUUAUUGCUACUAGUUAUGAUUAUGAUGCACCACUUGAUGAAUUUGGAUUAUUACGGCAACCUAAGUGGGGUCAUCUGAAAGAUCUGCAUAGAGCAAUAAAGCUUUGUGAACCAGCUUUAGUAUCUGGCGAUCCAACUGUGACAUCCCUUGGAAACUUUCAAGAAGCUCAUGUGUUUUCGUCAAAGUCUGGGGUGUGUGCUGCAUUCCUUGCAAACUACAACCAACAUUCUUUUGCUACAGUGACUUUUGGGAACAGGCAUUAUAACUUGCCACCUUGGUCUAUCAGCAUUCUACCUGACUGCAAGAACACAGUUUAUAAUACUGCAAGGGUUGGUGCUCAAAGUGCUCUGAUGAAGAUGACUCCAGCAGAUAAAGGAUUUUCUUGGCAGUCAUACAAUGACGAGCCAUCAUCUUAUGAAGACAGUACUUUCACGGUUGUUGGGUUACUGGAGCAGAUAAAUACCACAAGAGAUGUGUCUGAUUAUUUGUGGUAUAUGACCGAUGUCAAGAUUGAUCCAAGCGAAGGGUUCUUGAGAAGCGGACAAUGGCCAUGGCUUAGAGUCUCUUCAGCUGGCCCUGCUUUGCAUGUUUUCGUGAAUGGUCAAUUAGCAGGAACUGUAUAUGGAAGUUUAAAAAGCCAGAAAAUUACUUUCAAUAAAGCAGUAAAUCUAAGAGCUGGUGUAAACAAGAUUUCUCUGCUAAGCAUUGCUGUUGGUCUUCCGAAUAUUGGCCCACAUUUUGAGACAUGGAAUACUGGUGUUCUUGGACCAGUUUCACUCAGUGGUCUUAACGAGGGGAAAAGAGAUUUAGCUUGGCAGAAAUGGUCUUACAAGGUUGGUCUAAAAGGAGAAGCCUUGAAUCUUCAUUCGCUCAGUGGCAGCUCAUCUGUUGAGUGGGUUGAGGGCUCUUUGGUGACUCAAAGACAGCCUCUCACAUGGUUCAAGACCACUUUCAAUGCUCCAGCUGGAAAUGAGCCUUUGGCUUUAGAUAUGAAUACCAUGGGCAAAGGUCAAAUGUGGAUAAAUGGACAAAGCCUUGGACGUUACUGGCCUGGAUAUAAAUCAUCUGGUACUUGUAGUGCCUGUAACUAUGCAGGCUACUUUAAUGAGAACAAGUGCUUAAGUAACUGCGGAGAGGCCUCACAGAGAUGGUAUCACGUGCCACGUUCUUGGCUGCAUCCUACUGGAAACUUGUUAGUUGUAUUUGAGGAAUGGGGAGGAGAUCCCAACGCAAUCUCUUUGGUCAAGAGAGAAUUAGCAAGUGUCUGUGCAGAUAUAAAUGAAUGGCAACCACAGUUGGUGAAUUAUAAGAUGCAAGCAUCUGGGGAAGUUGACAGGCCACUCAGGCCUAAAGCGCACCUCCGUUGUGCUCCUGGUCAAAAGAUCACUUCAAUCAAAUUUGCAAGCUUUGGAACACCAGUGGGGGUCUGUGGAAGCUUCAGUGAAGGAAGCUGUCGUGCCCACCACUCAUACGAUGCCUUUGAAAAGUAUUGCAUUGGGAAAGAGUCGUGUUCAGUACCUGUGACACCAGAAAUUUUUGGUGGUGAUCCAUGUCCAGGUGUUAUGAAGAAACUCUCAGUUGAAGCUCUCUGCAGUUGAUGACACUGAGGACAAGCAAACAAGGAAGGUUUUAGCUAGUUACUGUUAUAUACACUAGCAAUAUUUUAAGUAUUCUUUUUCUAAUCCAAGAAUCACCACAAUCAUUCUUUGGCUUCACCGCGGGUGAAGUUGUACAGAUAUGCAACACACCCCUUUGUGUAAAAGCUCACAUCAAUUGGAAAAGAAACUGGGGAAAAGAUUCUGUAUAUUAUGUAAGUUACUGUACUAAUAACAUUGGUGUUCGCCUUGGUUGAAGUGUACAUCUACAUGAAUCUUGAUGAGGCCAUGUGCUGUGUGCAGAUACUUUUAGUGGUAGCAUCUAAAAAGCCUUCAGUCUUUGAGGAAUUUCAACAUUGUAAUAUCUACAUUAGAUGCAAUCAUGCAUUGCUUUGUACUUUAUAGAAAUGUUCUUGUGACAUUGCAAUAACAUCGAGCUCUCUGGCAGUUGGACUGCAGCCAA